ACAGAACCCACAUCCUUUUCACUUAGAUAUAUAUAUUAAACAGUGAAUAAGGGUGAACACCAGACACAAAUCAUGGGAGCUUUCCUCACUUUGUCCACCUCUGCUGCUGUCAUUCUCUUGGUAAUUCGUGGAGGUUUGUGUGUGGAUAUCAUUGGAGGAAAUGAAGUAGCACCACACUCAAGGCCAUUUAUGGCCCUAAUCAGCGGAAAAAAUGGAAAACCUAUUUGUGGAGGAGUUUUGAUCAAGGAAAACUGGGUGUUAACAGCUGCCCACUGUAGAGUGAAACGAGGCAAAGUUACUCUUGGAGUUCAUUCACUGUCAACAAGAGAGAGAGAAAAACAGGACCUUCAGAUUGCAAAACAAAUUCACCACCCAUCCUACUAUUCCAGUUGUAAGGAAAACGACAUUAUGCUGGUGCAGCUUCAGAAAAGAGCAAAGCUUAAUAAAGCUGUGCAAGUCAUUCCCCUGCCUACCUCAGAUGACGAUCCCAAGCCAGGAACAAUCUGCACAGUAACAGGAUGGGGACAAACUCACAAUCGUGUGAGAAAGUUUUCUGAUACCCUGAGGGAGGUUAACAUCACUGUCAUCAGCAGGCACAUCUGCAACGACGACAAACAUUAUAAAAACAACCCUGUUAUAACAGACAACAUGAUAUGCGCAGGGGCUAAGGAGGGAGGAAAGGACUCAUGUUCUGGGGAUUCUGGCGGACCUUUGAGAUGCAAUAAUGUGAUAAGAGGCAUCACUUCUUUUGGGAAGCCAAACAGAUGUGGUGCUCGUGAUGGCCCUGGGGUCUACACCCGACUCACAAAACAAUAUCUCCAGUGGAUUAGGAAAACCAUAGGGGGAGCCGAAUAGAUUGGUUUUCCACCAAGUGAUUUCCUGCUUUGUGCUUGUGUAAGAAUAUCUAGUACUGAAAUACACAUUUAAAAAUAGCUUCAUUAUGCUGGUGAAGAGCUAUUCGCACAGAUGUAUUCCCAUGCUGAAUUUUAGCAUCUUGAUUUCCUUAUAAAUGAAAGUACAGAAGCCUGUUCCCAGGACAGAUGUGCUCUUACCAGAGCCAGAACACCGUGCUCUGCUACAACAGCACUUGUAGCUUAUACUCUCAGCCAUGUGGUCAUUUGACAGGUAUUUGUUGCUCAGGCUUCCAGCAUUCUUGCAUUGCACGUUUGGUCUGAGCUCUAGAUGGAAGAGUAUUUCUGACCAAGAAUCCAAUCCUGCUGUUUGUGUCCUCGCAGCAUGCUGCAGUCUUCUCUAUCUGGACUUCUGCAAAUAACCCCAAAAGCUAUUGAGAUGCCAGGUAGAAUUCCAGACACCUGAACAACUUGGUAGUUUCUCUGCAGCAGAGCUCCUGAUUUCACAGGUGCAGGGGACUGCUAAGCUUCAGAAAAGUUUCAGCAACUGCAUUUGAUUGUGGGACAUAAGUGUGUGUUUCCUACCUAUCUUUUAUCUGAAACCUCUAGAUUUCAUCCCGCUGUGUACUUUGCAUUCAAUAAAAAAAUGACAAUAAAAAUCUGCUGCUUGC